GCCGCCUCCCUAGUCCCUUCUGGCGAUCGGAGGAGCCUCGGCCUCGCCAUGGUGUCCUGGAUCAUCUCUCGCCUGGUGGUCUUGGUCUUUGGCACUCUGUACCCUGCCUAUUCUUCAUACAAGGCCGUGAAGACGAAAAAUGUGAAGGAAUAUGUCAAGUGGAUGAUGUAUUGGAUUGUGUUUGCUUUCUUUACUACAGCAGAGACGCUCACAGACAUUAUUCUCUCCUGGUUUCCUUUUUAUUUCGAGUUGAAAAUCGCCUUUGUGAUCUGGCUGCUUUCUCCUUACACCAAGGGCUCCAGCGUUCUCUACAGGAAGUUUGUUCACCCAACGCUCUCCAAUAAGGAGAAGGAAAUUGAUGAGUACAUCAGCCAGGCCCGUGACAAGAGUUAUGAAACUAUGAUGAGAGUUGGCAAGCGAGGAUUAAAUUUGGCAGCCAAUGCAGCCGUUACUGCAGCUGCAAAGGGCCAAGGAGUUUUAUCUGAAAAGCUACGGAGUUUCAGCAUGCAGGACCUGACCUUGAUCCGAGAUGAUGACACUGUGCAUUUACGGAGCCCUGAACCACGCUUGCGUACCUCUACUACUGGCCUUCUUGAAACAGUUGAUGAUUCAGGUGCUUCCUGUUAUUCUUCGGCAGAGGAGGUGUCUGUAUCUCAAAGACAUAAUGGGAUCCAGUCUGAUGCCAGAGCCGACCCAUCAGAUGAUGAUGCAGACAAAGUUCCCAAGCGGACCCAGAGCCUUAAAGUUCCUAAAAAAGUGACAAAGACUGAGCCCCCACAAAAGACUGUGAAAGCUCGUCCUAAGAAGAAAGCUACAGGCUCUAGUACUGCUGGUGAAUCAGCCUAAGGACACCCCAGCUUGUCCGUCCCAGAGUUCUUCUGUCACUUUGAGGGGGCACUCUCCAAGGAAAAGGAAGCUGAGAUCAUGUACAUAACAGCUACUGCUUUGUAGAGGUCAUUCAAAGUUGAGAGGGUGACUGAAAUUUGGCGCACAGAUCAGAGGAUGGCCAUCCUCAGGAAUUAUUACCUCUUCAUCUCUGUGAUGGAGAAAAUGCUAAUCUGUCUGUACAUAGCCUGUUGCUUUGGGAUUCCCUCUCUGUGUAACCCUAAUAGGGAAAAUCUUUGCUGGAACAGCUCUUUGAUUAGGGUUAGAGCCAUCUUUAGCAGAGAGAUAGGGAAAAAAUCAAGACUGGUGCCACUGAAAUUCCAAUUGAAGGUGGGGAGCUCCCCAGAAUAUUUCAGCAUUUCACUUGAUGUCAUGCUGUAGCUGCUGUGGAAAAUUGUUAGGAAGUGCCUGAAGCAAAGUGACUGUUACUGAAAACUGAGUCAUCCAUACUUGUUUUGGCUAGAGGACAGAAAUGAUGGCUUGCUUGGUGCUUUGCUAUAUAGAUAAUGGUUCACUUUUAAUGGCUGUGGUAA